AUGCUCCUGGUCACCCUGGCCGGCCUGCUGUGCAGCGUCCAGCGGUCUUCGGGCCAGUUCCCCCGGGCCUGCGUCUCGGCCGAGAGCCUGCGGCAGAAGGAGUGUUGCCCUCUGUGGCCGGGGGACGGCUCUCCCUGUGGGCAGCGGUCGGGCCGGGGAUCCUGUCAGGAUGUGGUCCUCUCCCGCGCUCCCUUCGGCCCCCAGUUCCCUUUCACCGGGGUGGACGACCGGGAGGAGUGGCCGUCCGUCUUCUACAACCGGACGUGCCGGUGCGUCGACGGCUUCAUGGGCUUCCACUGUGGCGACUGCAAGUUCGGCCUCCGGGGAGCCAACUGCACGGCCCGGAGGCUGCUGGUCAGGAGGAGCAUCUUCGAGCUGUCCGGUGCCGAGAAGGACAGGUUCCUGGCCUACCUCACGUUGGCCAAGCGCUCCACCAGCCGUGACUAUGUCAUCGCCACCGGGACCUACGCCCAGAUGGGCAACGGCUCGUCGCCGAUGUUCCGGGACAUCAGCGUCUAUGACCUCUUCGUCUGGAUGCACUACUACGUCUCCAGGGACACCCUGCUGGGGGACGCGGGCGUCUGGCGGGACAUCGACUUUGCCCACGAGGCCCCCGGUUUCCUGCCUUGGCACCGGUUCUUCCUGCUGCUCUGGGAGCAGGAGAUCCAGAAGCUGACGGGGGACGAGAACUUCACCAUUCCGUACUGGGACUGGCGGGAUGCCGAGGGAUGCGAUAUCUGUACGGAUGAGUACAUGGGAGGACGCCACCCCACCAACUCCAACCUACUCAGCCCUGCAUCUUUCUUCUCCUCGUGGCAGGUGAUCUGUAGCCGGUCCGAAGAGUACAACAGCCAUCAGGCCCUCUGCGACGGCAGUGCCGAAGGCCCCCUCCUUCGGAACCCGGGAAACCAUGACCGAGCCAGGACCCCCCGACUUCCUUCUUCAGCUGACGUCGAAUCCUGCCUAAGUCUGGCCCAGUACGAAGCCGAUCCCAUGGAUAAAUCAGCCAACUUCAGCUUCAGAAACACUCUGGAAGGCUUCGCCAAUCCACUAACUGCGAUAGCAGAUGACUCUCAGAGCAGCCUGCACAACGCCUUACACAUCUUCAUGAACGGCUCCAUGUCCCAGGUUCAGGGAUCUGCAAAUGACCCAAUCUUCAUUCUUCACCAUGCCUUCGUGGACAGUAUUUUUGAACAGUGGCUCCGGAGACAUCGCCCACUUCAGGAAGUCUACCCAGCUGCCAACGCCCCCGUCGGGCACAACCGUGAAUCCUACAUGGUCCCAUUUAUCCCCGUUUACAGAAAUGGAGAGUUCUUUAUUCCAUCCAGGGACCUGGGAUAUGACUACGCCUAUCUAACAGAGCCAGCCCCUGCCUCCUUCCAGGACCUGGUCCGGCCCUUCCUGGAGCAAGCCCGCCAAAUCUGGCUGUGGCUUGUCGGGGCGGCCGCAGUCGGGGGGGUGGUCGCCUCGGCGAUCUUCGGACUGGGAGCCCUGCUCUACCCCCGGAAGAGGAAGGAGCUCUCAGAAGAGAGGCAGCCCCUGCUGAUGGAGAAAGAGGACUUCACCGGGGCAACCUACCAGACCAAUCUGUAAGAUUCCCGUGGUCAGAG